ACGCCUGCAUGACACUGGUCUGUUUUGUUUUCCUCUGAAUGCAGCCUCAUUCUCACAUGUGAUUCUGGCAUCGCACUGGGUGGUGAACAGUUCCAGUCCCAUCAGAUAAGUGGUUGGCCGAAGGUCCCAUGUGUACUGGCCUGGUCUCCAGGCAGCUGUGCCAGAGCAAGGGUUGCCACCCAAUCAUCCAGCUCCGGAGCCUCUAGUACCUAAUGAGUUCUCAUUAAGUAUUUGUUGGAUGAAUGAAUGGAUCUUGGGAGAAAGUAAUUCUCUUGUUCUACUCCAGGCCCACCACAGCCUAGAUUUGAAGAGACCUGCAGAGGCCUUGGCCUGAUUCUCCUGAACAGCUGGCGGUCAUCCUCUGUCCUCUUUCUCCAGGUGCCCAUUCUGGGGAUUCUAGCACCUGAGCCCCUCAUCCCAUCUUCAUCAUGGGCUUCCACCUGGCUCUGCCGUGGGCCCUCCUGGUUGGGCCAUGGAGCCCCGUGGGAGCCUGGAGCCCCAUUUCAUGGGAGGUGCAGCGCUAUGAUGGCUGGUACAACAACCUCAAGGAGCAUGGCUGGGGCAGCAAAGGCUCCCGGCUGCGGCGCCUGGUCCCGGCUAGCUAUGCUGACGGUGUGUACCAGCCCCUGGGAGAACCUCACCUGCCCUACCCCCGGGAACUCAGCAACACCGCCCUGCGGGGCCCCUCGGGUCAGGCCUCCCUGCGGAACCGCACGGUGCUGGGCAUCUUCUUUGGCUACCACGUGUUGUCGGACGUGGUGAGCGUGGAGACCCCCGGCUGCCCCGCCGAGUUCCUCAACAUCCACAUCCCGCCCGGAGACCCCGUGUUCGACCCCGACCGCCGCGGGGACGUCGUGCUGCCUUUCCAGAGGAGCCGCUGGGACCCCGAGACCGGACGCAGCCCCAGCAACCCCAGGGACCCGACCAACCAGGUGACCGGCUGGCUGGACGGCAGCGCCAUCUACGGGUCGUCGCACUCGUGGAGCGACGCGCUGCGCAGCUUCUCCGGGGGGCGGCUGGCGUCGGGGCGCGACCCCGCCUUCCCGCGCGAGUCGCAGGACACCCUGCUCAUGUGGACGGCGCCGGACCCCGCCACGGGCCAGGGCGGGCCCCGGGGGCUGUACGCCUUCGGGGCCGAGCGCGGCAACCGCGACCCCUUCGUGCAGGCGCUGGGCCUGCUGUGGUUCCGCUUCCACAACUGGUGGGCGGACCGGUUGGCUCGGGACCACCCGCGCUGGGGCGACGAGGAGCUGUUCCAGCACGCGCGCAAGAGGGUCGUCGCCACCUACCAGAGCAUUGCUAUGUACGAGUGGCUGCCCAGCUUCCUGGGGAAGACACCCCCAAAGUAUGAAGGUUACCGGGCGUUCCUGGACCCCAGCGUCUCCCCGGAGUUCGUGGUGGCCUCGGAGCAGUUCUUCUCCACCAUGGUGCCGCCCGGAGUGUACAUGAGGAACGCCAGCUGCCACUUCCGGGAGGUUGUCAAUCGGAAUUCAAGUGUCUCCAGAGCUCUUCGAGUAUGCAACAGUUACUGGAGCCGAGAGAACCCAAACCUCCAGAGCGCUGCAGACUUCGAGGCGCUGCUUCUGGGCAUGGCCUCCCAGCUCGCCGAGCGAGAGGACCAUGUGGUGGUUGAGGACGUGCGAGAUUUCUGGCCUGGGCCGCUGAAGUUUUCCCGCACAGACCAGCUGGCUGGCUGCCUGCAGCGGGGCCGGGAUCUGGGUCUGCCCUCUUACACCAAGGCCAGGGCUGCACUAGGGCUGCCCCCCGUUGCCCGCUGGGAGGAUAUCAACCCCACCCUCUCCCGGAGCCACAGUGCAGUGCUGGAGGCCACAGCCAGUCUGUACCACCAGGACCUGUCCCGCCUGGAGCUGCUUCCGGGGGGGCUCCUGGAGAGCCAUGGAGACCCCGGACCCCUGUUCAGCACCAUCGUCCUUGACCAGUUUGUGCGGCUUAGGGAUGGCGACCGCUACUGGUUUGAGAACACCAGGAAUGGGCUGUUCUCGGAGGAGGAGAUCGCAGGGAUCAGAAACACUUCCUUCAGGGAGGUCCUGCUGACUGUCACCAGGGUGGACUCCAGCGCCCUGCAGCCCCAUGUUUUCUUCUGGGUUGCGGGGGACCCCUGUCCACAGCCAGGACAGCUGACCGCCGAGGGCCUGCCAGCCUGUGUGCCCCUCGUGGUCCGGGACUAUUUCAAGGGCAGCGGCUUUGGCUUCGGGCUCACCAUUGGGACCCUGUGCUGCUUCCCCCUAGUGAGCCUGCUCAGUGCCUGGAUUGUGGCCCGCCUCCGGAUGAGGAAUUUCAAGAGGCUGCAGAGCCAGAACCGCCAAAGCAUCAUGUCUGAGAAGCUGGUAGAGGGCGUGGAAGCUCUGGAGUGGCAGGGCCGCAAAGAGCCCACCCGGCCGGUGCGCGUGCACGUGCAGCCUGGGCAAAUCCGCGUGGUGGAUGGCAGGCUCACCACGCUGCGCACCAUGCAGCUGCGGCCCCCGCAGCAGGUCUACCUCAUCCUGUCCAGCAACCGUGGCCGCCGCACCCUGCUCCUCAAGAUCCCCAAGGAGUACGACCUGGUGUUGCUGUUCACCUCUGAGGAGGAACGGCGGGUGCUGGUGGGAAACCUCCAGGAGGCCCUGAAGGAGAGCGGGCUGAACUUCCAGGCGUGGGAGCUGCGGGAGCCAGAGCUGCUGAGGUCCGCCGUGACGCGGGAGCAUCGGAGCCACCUCCUGGAGACCUUUUUCAGGCACCUCUUCUCCCAGGUGCUGGACAUCAACCAGGCAGACGCGGGGACGCUGCCCCUGGACUCGUCCCAGAAGGUGCGGGAGGCACUGAUGUGUGAACUGAGCAGGGCCGAGUUUGCCGAGUCCCUGGGACUCAAGCCCCAGGACAUGUUUGUGGAGUCCAUGUUCUCCCUUGCUGACAAGGACGGCAAUGGCUACCUGUCCUUCCGGGAGUUCCUGGACAUCCUGGUGGUCUUCAUGAAAGGCUCCCCUGAGGAGAAGUCCCGCCUCAUGUUCCGCAUGUACGACUUUGAUGGGAACGGCCUCAUCUCCAAGGACGAGUUCACCAGGAUGCUGAGGUCCUUCAUCGAGAUCUCCAACAACUGCCUGUCCAAGACCCAGCUGGCCGAGGUGGUGGAGUCCAUGUUCCGGGAGGCGGGCUUCCAGGACAAGGGGGAGCUGACGUGGGAGGACUUCCACUUCAUGCUGCGGGACCACGACAGCGAGCUCCGCUUCACGCAGCUCUGCGUCAAAGGGGUGGAAGUGCCUGAAGUCAUCAAAGAUCUCUGCCGACGAGCCUCCUACAUCAGCCAGGACAUCUGCCCCUCUCCCAGAGUGAGUGCCCGCUGUUCCCGAAACAUCAUGGAGGUGGAGUUGACCCCGCAGAGACUGCAGAGCCCCACGGGCUCGGACCCUCCUCAGGAGAUUCGACGGCGGUUUGGCAAGAAGGUUACGUCGUUCCAGCCGCUGCUGUUCACGGAGGCGCACCGGGAGAAGUUCCAGCGAAGUCGUCGCCAUCAGACAGUGCAGCAGUUCAAGCGCUUCGUUGAGAACUAUCGGCGCCACAUCGGCUGCGUGGCCGUGUUCUAUGCCAUCGCCACCGCGCUGUUCCUGGAGCGCGCCCAUCACUAUGCCUUUGCAGCACACCACAAGGGCAUCACAGAUACCACCCGUGUGGGCAUCAUCCUGUCGCGGGGCACGGCGGCCAGCCUCUCCUUCAUGUUCUCCUACAUCCUGCUCACCAUGUGCCGCAACCUCAUCACCUUCCUGCGGGAGACCUUCCUCAACCGUUACAUCCCCUUCGACGCCGCCGUGGACUUCCACCGCUGGGUCGCCUUCACGGCCAUCGUGCUCACAGUGUUGCACAGUGCUGGCCACGUGGUGAAUGUGUACCUGUUCUCCAUCAGCCCGCUCAGCGUGCUCUCCUGCCUCUUUCCCGGCCUCUUUCACGACAACGGGUCGGAGUUCCCCCAGAAGUACUACUGGUGGUUUUUCCAGACAGUACCAGGCUUCACGGGGGUCGUGCUGCUCCUGGUCCUGGCCAUCAUGUACGUCUUCGCCUCCCGCCACUUCCGCCGCCGCAGCUUCCGGGGCUUCUGGCUCACGCACCACCUCUACGUCAUGCUCUACGUCCUGCUCAUCAUCCACGGCAGCUUCGCUCUGAUCCAGCUGCCGCGUUUCCACCUUUUCUUCCUGGUCCCCGCGCUCAUCUACGUGGGGGACAAGCUGGUGAGCCUGAGUCGGAAGAAGGUGGAGAUCAGCGUGGUGAAGGCCGAGCUGCUGCCCUCAGGAGUGACCCACCUGCAGUUCCAGCGGCCCCAGGGCUUCGAGUACAAGUCUGGGCAGUGGGUGCGGAUCGCCUGCCUGGCCCUGGGCACCACGGAGUACCACCCCUUCACGCUGACCUCCGCGCCCCACGAGGACACGCUCAGCCUGCACAUCCGGGCGGCUGGGCCCUGGACCACGCGCCUCCGGGAGAUCUACUCGCCCCCCACUGGUGACAGCUCUGCCAAGUACCCAAAGCUCUACCUCGAUGGACCCUUCGGAGAGGGCCACCAGGAGUGGCAUAAGUUUGAGGUGUCCGUGCUGGUAGGAGGGGGCAUUGGGGUCACCCCCUUUGCCUCCAUCCUCAAAGACCUGGUCUUUAAGUCAUCGGUCAGCUGCCAAGUGUUCUGUAAGAAAAUCUACUUCAUCUGGGUGACUCGGACCCAGCGGCAAUUCGAGUGGCUGGCCGACAUCAUCCGGGAGGUGGAGGAGAAUGACCACCGGGACCUGGUCUCCGUGCACAUCUACAUCACCCAGCUGGCCGAGAAGUUCGACCUCAGGACCACCAUGCUGUACAUCUGCGAGCGGCACUUCCAGAAGGUGCUGAACCGGAGUCUGUUCACGGGCCUGCGCUCUGUCACCCACUUCGGCCGGCCCCCAUUCGAGGCCUUCUUCAACUCCCUGACGGAGGUGCACCCGCAGGUACGGAAGAUCGGAGUGUUUAGCUGCGGCCCCCCUGGCAUGACUAAAAAUGUGGAGAAGGCCUGUCAGCUCAUCAACAGGCAGGACCUGACUCAUUUCUCCCACCAUUAUGAGAACUUCUAGGUCCCCUGCCCAGGGCUCUGCCUGGUGCCCAGACCAGAGGUUUGGGCCCACACCCGCCCGGUACUCGCUGUUGCCGGCUGCCUCUGCCACUCUGCCUUCCACCCCCCAGCGUGGCCCGGGUGGCUGUGCUCAGUGGUCGUGUGUGGCCUCAGGGGUCCCCAAAUGUGCCCCAGUCAGGAGAAGUGGAGGAAAUGUCCAGGAGCCCGGGGUGGGGGUGGGGGAGCUACCGGUUUAGGGCAAAGUGAACCUUUUCUUCCCGGGUAAGGGGAAGCAACUCAAGCCAACAAGCAGUGUGCGCGCACGAGUGUGCACGUGCAUAGGGCACUUACGGCCUGCGGAUCAAGCGGGGUCACGGAUGCUGGCAUCUUCUAGUACCCCUUUUGGGGUCCCCACUUUCACAAGGCUGGCAAACUCCCUGGGGCCAUAGCAAGUAAUUCACAGGAAGCCCUCCGAGUCCCGCUAAGGCACACCUGCUCCUGGAAUCGUUCACACCGCUCAGACCCUGUUACACAGCGUCCUGCAGCCUCCCCUCUUGCUCCUUAGUCUCCUUCAUAAAUAAAUCGUCUUUCCGCCUC